UUCCAAAACUCCUCUGGUAAUGUCGUGGGUCAGAAAAUGGCUUACAAACCUGUGGAAAGACCGACUUUCUUUGAAAUAUUUAAGGCAGAUUGCAGUGAAUCAGACUUAGGGCCUAUCAGCCUUAACUGGUUUGAAGAACUCAGCGCAGAAGCACCACCAUAUGAGCCUAAGUUGUUAGGAGAACUUGAUGGUCCCUUUGGCUGGCUUGAUCAAACAUCUUUUAAAACUCCAAGGGCAAAACCUUCCACGUGCAAUGAGCUAGCAUCAACUCCACUGAUUUUUAAAGACUCUCCUGGAAAAGAAGAACUAUAUCAGAUAAAAACAGGAGCAAACAGAGAGAAUUUUAAAAGCCCAGGUAACCCAAGAGGAAAAAUAGAUCAAGAAAAUGAAAUGCUUGUUUCUUCUCCUGGUCCCUCCUGCAACAGCCUUGCUGCUAGUCCAUCUGUUUUAAGGAAUACUUACAGAACACCUCAGAGAACUAACAUGCCUGGGCCAUAUGGAAGCUUGUUUUGCACACCAAAAUUAUUGGGGGUCAGAUCUCCAAAACAUAUUUCUGAGAGUCUGGGAGCAGAAGUUGAUCCAGAUAUGUCCUGGUCUAGUUCUCUAGCCACACCACCUACACUUGGUGCAACAGUGAUAAUAGCUAGAGAGAAUGAUUCUAUUUCUGGAGUGAAACAACAGGAUGAAAAAGCUGAGAUAAUUUUGCACAACUUCUUUUCCAACCAUGUUAAAUGCCCUGGGACAAGUGAUACGAGCAUGCUGUUAGUGCCGGAGAACGUAAAACUAAAUGCUGAAGAUGACAUCAAAGAUUUGGAGUCAGAGAUGUUAGAUGGCUUACUUGGUGAGAUGAACAGCUUUGAGGAGACAUUCAACAUGUCUGUUAAGUCAAAUGGAGCUCUUCUGCUGAUGCCACAUGUUCUAGAUACAGUAGAGAAAUAUGAAAUAGGCACAGGGAAAGCACAAGGAAAGGGAGAUGUGCCUUCUGAACCACCUAUGGGAAGAGAAACAGUCAUUUCAGAGGAAGAGAAAACAAUGAGCUGGACCAAAAAAAGCCACUCUAUUGAAAUGCAGGAUUCUUUACUCCAAACUAAAGAGGGUGGUAAAGAUGGCUUUUCAGUAGAACAUGAAAAGGAACUGGAGUCGCUUCAUAUUACAGAAGAUGUGCAAGUUUGUAGAAUACACAAGCCAUCUGAGAAUGAGAAGCCUGUGAGAGAAGGCGUACCAUCUUCAUCAAGCCAGUGGUCUCAACUGAACUUGUCAGACCUUGAUGUAACGUGCUUGGAAAUGUCUCUGUGUAGCUCUCCACACUCUGACUUACAUAGAAAGAGAAAAUUAGAAGAUAAUUCAGUACUAAUGACCAAGGAUGAUGCUUUGGAAACAUCUUUCCUGAACACUUCAGGCUUGAUGAAAGCAGAAAAGCUGCUGAGUGUCAAUUUGUCAGAAAAGUGCUAUGAAGUGAAAAAAACCCCAACAUUGGAAAUAACUCCAGUAAAAUCUGCAUCUCUGAGUGGUCAAGAUCCAAAGUUAGUAAAAGGAUGUGCAGCUGAGAAGGUUUCCAAAAUGAGCUUUUUAAACUGUAAUUCUUUUUUAAUUGAAAGCACAAAUGUCACAGAAUAUUCUGUUGUCUACAAUGGUAGCUUUUCCAAGCAUUUAAAAGCAACUUCUAAAUCUGUCAUAACAGAUGUUCUGUCUCACCCUCUUGUAUGUAGUGCUGCAUCUCCAGAUAAUUGCAACAACCCACGUUUAACAAGUACUGAAAAUAACCUUACAAAGUCUGGCUAUACAAGCCUGAAUAUGUUAUCCAGCUUGAGAAGGAGAUCCAAGAGAUUUAUUUAUACAGUAAAUAAUACUUUACUGUAUCAAGAAGAAAAAGUACAGAAAGAAGUGACUUCUAGAUUGCCUAUUCGUCCCUUAUUACCGCAUUCAGGAUCCGAUUCAUGUGAAUUUAAAGGCAGCAGCUGUGUGGCCAGUGGUGAUGAACAAGACUGCUUGCUUCUUGCUGAGAGAAAGCAUUUGCAAUCAGAUAUCAAAGAAAAUAAUUUCAGCACUUGUACUUUAAAAGUGGAUAUAAUGGAUAACUCUUCUGAUAAUUCCUUCAGUGACAGGCUGAAGGGACAAGACCUGAGGGACUUGAGGGAAAAUGCAAGAGAGGAUCAGCCUGCAACAUCAUUAAAGUGUUUAGAACUGUGUAACACACAGAAAGAAGAAACAACUGAUUCUUUAAAUAGUGAAGUAAUUUCAAAUAUCAAGCGUAAAGUUCUAACUUCAGCCUGCCUCAUGGCAAGAAAACAUUCCAGAUUGCUCCAUAAAGGCUGCUGCUUAGAGAAGGAUGAGAAAGACAAGUCUGAGAGUGCUGGUGUGAAUGAUGGAGCUGCUGUACCUCAGAACCUUAAAGAACAUCUCAGGUGGCCAUCUCCUAGGGAUAAAGAACACCUGACUGAUACGCACCAUAACAUUACAUCUGUGACAAGUGGUGGCAUCAAUAAUACUUUGAGUUCAGUCAACUUUAGCAUAAAUGGAGUCAGUAGCAAUUGUCACAAUAAAGUAGUCACUAAUGGAGUACAUGCUGCAGGCCAGUCAGUAGUUGACUGUAGUGAAGUACUUGGACCUUUGGGAUUGAAGUGCUCAGAAAAUUGUAGUACUGGAUUAAAACAAAGGGACAAAACGGAUGCAGCUGUCUUUUCUGAAGUCAUAGAUGAAAAUCAAGGGUCAAAGUUAGUUUAUAACAAUGAAAACCGUCAAGCAGCUGCUUGCAAUAAUGUAGCUGUAGAAAAUGCUAAAGAAUUGGUAGAUUGUAUAGAUGAUACUUCUUUAAAUGAAGUGAUCUCUGAAGAUAAACAAGUAGCAUCUAUGUAUUCCAGCACAAAGUCAAAGCAUAAAAGGAAAUCAUCAAGAAAUCUUAAUGCAUGCAGUUUGAAUCUGGGCUUUGGUGGCUUUCAGACUGCUUCAAAUAAGAAGAUUAAAUUCUCUGAAGACAGUAUAGCAAAAGGCAGAAUGCUGUUCAAGGAUAUUGAAAAUGAAUACUUUGAAAUCUCUUCUGAUGAAGAAGUCCAGAGCUUUUCAAAUCAAGUUCAAAAAGAGAGUAAGUUUUUCUCAGAUUCAGAAAGCAAGCUGGGCAGUAAUUUACCUGAUUCUUUAACUUCACAGACAAGUUUUCUCAAGCCCAGGGAUACACAGAUUAUUUCACAUAAAGCUGCCGUGUAUAAAAGUUUUCCUGGAAGUCAACAAUCCUUGCAAGAAACAAACCAGACUUUGACAGCAAGUCAAGAAGCUGAAAUUGCUGAACUUUCUAGCAUUCUAGAAGAAACAGGUAGUCAGUUUGAAUUUACGCAGUUUAGAAAACAAAGUGACACGCUACAAGGUCAUAUCUUUCAGCACUUUGGAACUGUAGAAAGAGAAGGAUUUACAAAUGUGGAAAAUACUUCAGAAACAAGGGAAGGUGCUGAUUUUUAUAGCACUUUUAAAUCUGAAAUUAAAAAAGGCAGGUAUUGUACUAAGCAGGAAGAUGUAAACAAAGACUCUAAAGUGGUGGAAUAUGAAAAAGAAAAUGCUGUGGUUUUCAAGAAAAAUAAUGAAAAGAUGGCUUUUGCACAGUUAGACAGAAAUGAAGGUAGAAUAUCGAAUGGAAGCUUUCCAGCAGCAGGACAGGACAGCUUUUCCGAUUUUGUGGGCUUUACUUCUGCUGGAGGUAAAAAAAUAACAAUUUCUAAGGAAGCUUUGACCAGAUCUGCAGGGCUUUUCAGGGACUUGGAUGACGAUAAGUAUUUGUUUACAUCUUCUGAAACUAGUAUUAGAUGUCAUGGUACAAAUAGGCAUAUGUCUUCUAACUGCAGUUUUGCCAGAGGCCCGACAAAAGGAAACAAAGGAAAAACAGUUUGUGUUUCAGAUUUCAAAAGCCCAACUGGUGUUUCCCACUUAGAUUCCGUUUCCCACUUAGAUUCCAUUUCCCACUCUGCACAGAAAGAGAAUGAGGAAAAUAUUAGUACACUGUUCAAGGAAGGGAGGGAAAAUCAAACAAAAAUAUCAAUAAAUGAUAAUGAAAAUGUUGUUUUCAGUAGUACUAACACUAUCAUCAAUGGUCUGUCAUCCAUUAAAAAACAUUACCAGAAUCCUCAAACUUCCAAACAGGUUUUGAAUCAAGGAGAUGGCCAAGUUGAAGGUAGUUUCCAAGAAGACUCAUUAGAUGUAACAUGUCUAGAUGAUGUUACUACAACUGCAGAAAGGCAUAGUUUAAGUAUAUCAGAUGAAAUGGAAAGCCUGUUUCCUAACCAGAAAGGAGAAGACAGAAAAGAAAAUGAACACUGGUCACAAAAGUGGCAAACUCCAGCUGCUGCUGAUGUAUCCAUUUCUGAUGCAGCUUUAGCUCAUUCUCUACGCUUGUUCAGUGUACCAUGUGGAGAAAGAGAUGUGAACGUUUCGGAGAACUCUGAUACACAAAAGACUACUUGUGAAAAUAUGGAAGGAGAAGAUGCCACACAUGAUAAGAACCUGUGCAUGAAUGAAAGCAGAAUAAAAACUGAUUCUUCCCCUCGUGAUCAAACACUUUUUCAGCAGGUGUGUGGUGAAAACAAUGAAGUGAAAGGGAGUUACCUGACUGGUUUCCAUACUGCUAGUGGCAAGAAGAUAACAGUUGCUGAUGAAUUUUUAGGUAAAGCUAAACAAUUUUUUGCUGAAAACCUUGAUGUAGGGAGGGAACAUAAUGAUAAUUUUGAGAACCUUAUAAAGAAGAAGAGAUGUGGUAAAAACUGUGUCAAAGACUGUGAUUUAUGUAUUGAAAGCAUUUCUCAAUGUGAUUCAGAAGAGCUUAAUAGAAAACUUGUUCCUGAAGAACCUGGAGGUCAAUUUAAGCAGGUAGUAGAGGACAGUCCCAUUACAUGUGCUGUGAUUCUUGAUACCGUUAAAUCAGGUAGAUUUGUUAAUCUACGUGAAGAUUGUGAGAGAAAUUUAUUAACUUCAUAUAUGCAUAAAAAAGCUGUUGUCAGACCUGGACAGUCAGAAUUUGAAUCUCUUUCUGUCCAGGAGAGUCAUGCUUUAAGUAGAACACAUUUGUCUGAAGAUGGAAAGCUGUUUGCAGAGAGAGAGACGGAGUGCUUGCCAAAAAAGAGGGGUGAUUCAGAAAACAUGCGUGAUUUGCCUGUGCAGUCUGAUGCGUAUCUGCAUGCAAUGGAAGUAUCAAAUGACCCUGAAGAUAAUUCUGUGCCUGGACAUGUAAAAAGUAUUCUAUUUGUUGAGGAUGGUAACAGUAAAUCUAAUCAAUCCCUUCUCCUAACCCUGGAAAGUAACUCUUUGAACUGUGACCAUAAAGAACUUGACUUGGAACAUUUAAAUAAACCUUGUGCUACUACAAACCACUUUGCAAACACCACAGUUAAUGCCUGCCAAAACCAGUCUCUGGUCAGUCUUACUGAAGAUGAGAGUAAUUUAACCAGGUUAAAAGAAACAACACUUAAUGUUGAAAAUCAAAAGGGUGAUCUGAAACAAAUUGUGUUUAGCACAGCAAAAGGUGAAACAGUUCCUGUUUCAGAAAGUGUGCUAGCAAGAGUCAGACAAAUGUUUAAAGAAGACUAUAGCAAAACUGUAAAAUAUGAAAUUGAGACCAACUCAAAAACUAAUCAAUCAGAAAUUGCUGGAAUUUCCUCUUCUGUCAUUCAUGAUAGAAACACAGUUGCAGAUGCAAACUCUCUUUUGAAUUCUCAGAGGCAACACUUUCAACAGAAUAUGAAGCCUUCAGGGCACAUGACUGUUGCAGAUAAGCAGACAAAGCAGUUGGAUUCUUGUACAAGCAAUCUUGGUUUUUUUAGUACAGCAAGUGGUAAGCCUGUACAACUAUCAGAAGAGUCACUCAGGAGAGCUAGACAGCUUUUCGCUGAAAUGGAAGGUAAUCAGUCAUCGAAUGCACAAGAAACAUUUUUAGGUGAGAAAAAUGUUGAAAAGUCUAAAAUGCACACUGAAGUAGUUCCUGGGAAAAUGCAGAUGGUAUUGCCAAAAGGGGAAGAAAACUCCAGCGCUGAAUUGAUUUCAACUCCUGCAUUUGGCUUCAGCACUGCAAGUGGAAAGCAGGUAACAGUCUCUAAAAGUGCUUAUCAAAAAGCAAAGGCAAUUUUAAAAGAAUCUGACUUUUUGAGCGGCGAGCUUUGCAUUGCAGAUCAACUUGAUUCAACUAAAGAGAGUGGUCAACAUGUAAAAUCUUUAACUGAUGGAAUGGCCUCAGAAUCCCAAAUUCAAAAUAGCUGCAAUGAAGACUCUGACUUAAAAAGCAUCUACCCUAAGGAAGUAAAGUCUUUUGCAAGCGCUCACCAUGUCAAAAUGCCUGAAUUCAUGCCAAAUAGUAAAAGAAACAAGCAGUUGUCAAUUAAAAAUAACUGUCAGCAAGAGGAAACUAGGCCUUUCAGAAAAGGGCAGCUGAAUCUGGAAAUGAGAAGAGAAUCUGAAGUGACUUCAUGCAGUGCUACUGCUAAAGCAGAAAUUAACAUUCUUCAAACUCCAAAAAACUACUUGGACGUGGAAGCUGUAGAAAGUGCAAGAGCUUUUAUGGAAGAUAGUCUUUCAAAUUCUGGAAUACAAACUAAUACUGUGCAGUCCUUCGGUGGCAGACUGGAUAAAAGCUUUGGGAAGAGGCGCAUUGAAGAACAAAACUUACUCGGAGAACCUCCAAUUAAAAGACAGCUACUGCUUGAAUUUAACAGAACAGAGAAUCAUCCCAGAUCUUUGAAAGCUUCAAAAAGCACUCCUGAUGGCAUUUUCAAAGACCGAAGAAAAUUUAUCUACCAUGUUCCUUUAAAGCCCAUGACUUGUCGGCCUUUUGGGGCUACUACAGAAAGACAAGAAGUCAAGAAUCCUACUCUUACUCUACCAGAUCAAGACCUGAAAGGAUUCAAAUCUAAACCUGCCAUUUUUCAGCACUGUGCACUGAGGCAGUCUUCAAAUGGUACUUCAGAGGUUUCAACUCCAUGUAAGGCCUCAUCAAAAGAGAAUAAAGAAACAAGAAGUUUGUACAAAUCCGGCAAAACUACAAAAACUUUCAUUCCACCCUUCAAAACCAAGCUGACAUUUUCAACAGGUGAAGAAGGCACCAGCAAAAAAUGUGACUCGCCUAUCAUUAAAAAUAGGGCUGAAGAGACAGAAUUAAAUCAGGUCACAAUGGAACAAAACACUACUGAACCUCAGGAUUGCCAGUCUCGCAUCCAGCACGCAGCAGACGCUGACCUAGAAAACAACAAUUUAGCUAUGGUCAAGAUGAUGACAAAUCUCUGCUGUGCCAGAGAUUUGCAGGAAAUGAGAAUUAAAAAGAAAUACAAGCAAAAUAUCAGCUCACAGCCAGGCAGUCUUUAUGUCAUUAAAACAUCUGCAAGAAACAGAAUCUCUCUGAAAGCUGCAGUAGAAGAGAAAUCUCCUAGUUUUUAUUCUGCAGAAGAGCUUUAUAUGUACGGUGUUUCAAAACACUGCAUAAAAGUUAACAGCACAAAUGCAGAAUCUUUCCAGUUUCUCAUCAAAGACUUUGUCAGUAAGGAAUAUUUAUUAGCUGGAAAUGGGAUUCAGCUUGCUGAUGGAGGAUGGCUAAUACCUACAGAUGAUGGAAAAGCUGGAAAAAAGGAGUUUUACAGAGCCCUUUGUGACACUCCCGGCGUGGAUCCCAAGCUAAUAACAGAGGCCUGGGUUUACAAUCACUACAGGUGGAUUGUAUGGAAACUGGCAGCCAUGGAAGUGUCUUUUCCACAUGAAUUUGCUAACAGAUGUUUGACACCAGAAACAGUGCUGUUGCAGUUGAAAUACAGGUAUGAUUUGGAAGUUGAUAAAAGUAAACGAUCAGCAAUCAAAAAAAUAACAGAAAGAGAUGAUGCGGCAGGUAAAACGCUUGUGCUGUGUGUCUCCAAAAUCAUAUCGCUAGACACCGCAGGAUCUCCUAGCAGCAGCAGUACAAAUGCAGAAAGUAAAAAAGCAGCAGCAAUAAUUGAAGUUACUGAUGGCUGGUAUGGGAUUAGAGCUCUCCUGGAUCCACCUCUCCGAGCUUUUUUACACAGAAGAAGGCUGACUGUUGGUCAGAAGAUCAUAGUGCAUGGAGCAGAACUUGUUGGCCCUCAGAAUGGAUGUACACCACUGGAAGCCCCAGAUUGCCUUAUGUUGAAGAUUUCAGCAAACAGCACUCGGUGUGCACGAUGGGAUGCAAAGCUAGGAUUCCAUCGGGAUCCCCGACCCUUUCCUUUGCCUUUGACAUCGCUCUACAGCGAGGGUGGUACAGUGGGGUGUAUUGAUGUAGUUAUUCAAAGAACUUACCCUAUUCAGUGGGUGGAAAAGACAUCAGCUGGUUCAUACGUGUUUCGUAACAGCCGAGCUGAAGAAAGGGAAGCUGCCAAGCAUGCAGAGGAUCAACAAAAGAAGAUGGAAGCUUUGUUUGCAAAAAUCCAAGCAGAAUAUGAAAAGCAGGAAGAGAGCACUAGCAGAAGAACACUGAGACCACGCAUAGUCACCAGACAGCAAAUCCAUAAUUUGCAAGAUGGUGCAGAACUUUAUGAAGCAAUUCAGAAUGCAUCUGAUCCUGCUUAUAUGGAGGGGUACCUCAGUGAAGACCAACUAAAAGCUCUGAAUGCUCACAGGCAGUUGAUGAAUGACAAAAAGCAAACUCAGAUACAAGAAGAAUUCAAGAAGGCUUUAGAGUCAGCAGAACAGGAAGAAAAUGGUUGUUCCAAAAGAGAUGUGUCUACUGUAUGGAAAUUAUGUGUGGUAGACUACAAAACCCAAGAAAAACAUAAGGGAGUGAUACUGAGUAUCUGGCGCCCACUGCUAGAGGUUUGUUCGUUGCUGAAGGAAGGCAGUCGGUACCGAAUCUACCAGCUGUCUGCAUCGCAGUCCAAAGGAAGGUCAGACUCAACUAACAUACAGUUAACAGCAACCAAGAAAACUCAGUAUCUACAGCUACCAGUAUCGCAGGAGAUGAUUGUACAGAUCUUCUUCCCAAGAAAGGCACUAAAAUUCACCAGUCUGUCAGAUCCUUCUUUUCGGCCACCGUGUGCUGAAGUCGAUUUAGUCGGAUUUGUGGUUUCUGUUAGCAGAACAGGUUUUACUACUAUGGUGUACUUAUCUGAUGAAAGCUAUAAUUUAGUAGCAGUAAAGAUCUGGACAGAUCUUAGACACUUUGCUAUUGAAGACAUAGUUGUGUGCUCUUCGUUCAUUUCUGCAAGUAACCUUCAGUGGCAGUCUGAAUUCAGAUCAGGAAUUCCUGUGCUACUGGCUGGAGAUCUUUCUGUAUUCUCAGCAAGCCCAAAGGAAAACUAUCUUCAAGAGAAGAUUAAUGAACUGAGAAGUAUGAUAGAGAAUGUGGCCUCCUUUUGCUCUGAUGCGGAAAGUAAAUUGAUGAAUUUACUGCAAAGAAAUCUCUCUCUUACACCCAGCUUCACUAAAAGGUGUGGCUUGGAAAGCCCCUCUCCUUCCUGCAACUCACCCCUUUAUCCAGAGGGUCAAAGUUUGAUCUCUUCUAAAAUGGAAAUAAAGCAUCCAAGCCCUUUGUCAACUAGCACACCAAACAUGAAACUUGUCACACGAGCGGCAGCAAAGACUCCUUCAUCUGCUACAACUAAUGAAGACCGCCCCCAAAACAGCAAAAAAAGAAAAGCUAUGGACUUCCUCAGUUGCAUACCUGCCCCUCCACCACUGACACCAAUGCAUUCUAUCAUUUCUCCAUCUCUCAGAAAAGCAUUUCAGCCCCCACGAAGCUUGGGUGUGCAGCACCACAAGGCAUCAAAAGGAACAAAUCAGAGCAUUGGUCAUGUCACCCCGUGCAGAAAACCCAGAGAAACUGUCCAUCUUCCUGAGAAUGACCUGGUUGCUGAUGAGGAGCUUGCAAUGAUUAAUACACAAGCACUCAAUGUAAAGAAGACUGAUUAUGGAAAUGAAACCAGCAACACUAUAGCUGCCAAUUUAUGUGAUUCACAUUCACCCCAAAAUAGUCCCAGGUCUACUGAGGAGACAAAUGACUCAUCAAAAAAUGGUUCUGAAGUAGCUGAUGCUCUACAGAAGGACACAAAAGAACCUGAGGACUUGUUACCAACCCACAGACUGCAACAAAGAUGAAACCCAUAAGAAUGCCACUAAUUGCACAUGUACAAUACUGUAUAUAUUUAAAACUCCAAUUAUUUUUUCACUUUGUACAAUUAUUGUAUUUAAUAAAGCUCUAUUACAAAAACAGAAA